AUGUAUCUUUGUCAUUUGAUCCUGUUGCCCUCAGUUCUCGCAUUACCGCUCCUAGAUCCAAUCUUACAACCUAUCACUGACAGUGUCUGGAGCACCCAAGGCGGUCUUGUAGAGACACUUCUAGGGAGUCUCACAGGCACGCUCGGUGCCAAGCAGUCGUACGAUUAUGUCGUAGUUGGUGGCGGGACAGGCGGCAACACGAUCGCAUACCGUCUAGCUGAAGCUGGUUUCACUGUCGCAAUCGUCGAGGCUGGAGGCUCGUAUGAGCUAGGCAAGCCUCUUGUUGGUCCUGCACCUCUUGGUGACAUUAUUGGCGUUGGUUCAAAUCCAGCCGACAGCAUCCCAACUGUCGACUACGGCUUGAGGACCGUCCCACAAGUUGGCGCGGGAAAUCGUGAGAUGCAUUACGCGCAAGGCAAGUGUCUUGGCGGCUCUUCGGGCGUGAAUUUCAUGAUCCAUCAUCGCCCAAACCGAGGGGCUUUGGAUGCGUGGGCAGAAGCUGUUGGAGAUGAGAGCUAUUCGUUCGACCAGUUUCUCCCGUACUUCAAGAAAAGCUUUACAUUCACGCCACCGAAUCUGGAGACACGUUUGGCUAACGCAACCACGGCCUAUGUGGAGAGUGACUUCACUUCAUCGCCAAGUUCCCCAAUUCAGGUGACAUACCCCAACUGGACACCCGUCUGGUCGACUUGGGCAGCCAAGGGGCUAGAAGCCCUCGGGAUGAACUUGACGGACAAGUUUAAUGAAGGCGUCCUGAAUGGCUAUCAUUAUGCGCAAACAACAAUAGAUCCGCACGCCCAGGUCCGGUCCAGCUCGGCUGAAUUUGUAUACGCGGCAAGAGAUGCAAACAUGAGCGAUAAACUCACUGUGUAUCUGAAAUCGCGAGUCGACAAAGUGCGUUUCAACGAAAACAAGACAGCCACUGGUGUCGAAGUCACGGGUGCAGGACUACUAAAAUACACCAUUUCUGCCAACAAGGAGGUGAUUCUUUCGGCCGGUGCGGUACACACCCCACAGCUACUCAUGUUAUCCGGUAUCGGCCCUGCGGAACAUCUUGCAGAACAUGGUAUCGACGUACUGGCGGACCGCCCCGGUGUAGGGCAGAACCUGACGGACCAUGCUCUUUUUGGGCCUGCAUACGAAAUGACACUCGAUACCUUGAAUAGAAUAACUGGAGACCCUAUCGCCCUUACAGAAGCUGUUGCUGAAUAUGCUCUGACGCAAACUGGGCCGUUGACAACAAAUGUAGCCGAGUUCCUGGCGUGGGAGCGCAUGCCAAGUAGCGCCAAUCUGAGCCAGUCCACCUGGGAAAAGUUGCUCGAAUUUCCCCAAGAUUGGCCUCACAUUGAGUAUUUCCCAGCGGCAGCUUAUAUCGGAAAUUUCAAUAUCCCGUGGCUCGAUCAGCCAAAAGACGGGAGGAUGUAUGCGUCCAUUCUUGCUGCGUUGGCCGCUCCGUUGUCUCGAGGCAACAUUUCACUUGCCAGUGCUUCACCUGCUGUCAGUCCGCUGAUCAAUCCAAAUUGGCUGACUCACCAAGGCGACGUUGAGGUUGCGGUCGCCAUGUACAAGCGCACACGCGAUAUUUUCAAUACAGAGGUGAUACGAAGCAUCCGCGCAAACGAUGGCGAGUACUGGCCGGGUUCGGAGGUAGAGACAGACAGUCAGAUUCUACAAAAUAUCCGGACAAGCGUGAUGGCAGUUAUGCAUGCAUCGUGUACUGCACGGAUGGGGCGCGUUGAUGACCCAAACGCUGUUACAGACAAUUUGGCAAGAGUAAUUGGAGUUCAAGGCCUGAGGGUUGUAGAUGGCAGCUCCCUCGCGCUGCUACCCCCUGGGCAUCCUCAGGCGUUGAUCUAUGCUCUAGCCGAGAAAAUUGCAGAUGCUAUCAUCAAAAAACUCGAAUAG